GUCCGAACGCUCUCAUCACCAUCCCUGCCCAUGGCCCGCGGGUUGGAGCUAGGUGAUAUCCAUGGUUUCCUUCCAGCUCGCACCGUUCUGUGGUUCAGUGAUCGACCCCAGAAUGAGGGAGCUGGGCCUGCCGGGUUCCCCACUCAGCAAAGGCUCACUGCUGUCACUCUGCAUUGGGCGCACAGUGAUUUCCACGUGGGUUGGAAACAUUUUGUGUGACUGUGCUGGCUUGAGUAGCUGCCCCAGGGACUCUGUGCUUGCCCUGGCUCCACCCGUGUGUCAGGCAUGCCCAGAAACAAAAAUAAAAGUCAAGCUUGAGCCUUGGGAUUUCUGGUCCCUCAGGGGAGCAAGAAACAGAAGGUGACUGAAGUAUUUGUGUACAUGGGGGACAUGUUUCUGUUAGCUGUGUUUAGGACAUGGAGGAUCCAAAAGUCCCUGGAAAGAUGAUGCUGUUGGGAUAGCCAACCUUGUCUGCAGCUACCCCUGGAAAGGCCUUUGGGCACUGAUGGGGAGUGCUGUGGACAAGAAUCAGGGCGCUCCUCCUGCCAAGUGCUAAACCUGCCCCAGGCAUGGGACACAAGUUGCAUCUCAUUGAGCCCUUUGUGCUGUCCUUCCUGGUCUGGUGCUGCUCUGGGGAGGAGUGGCCCUUCUCCUUGGCCUCUUGCUCCCUUUCCUCUGGCCAGUCAAAAUAUUUGCAGUCUCAGCAUGAGCUGGGUUGGGAAACUGCUCGGGGGCAAGACACAGUUAGGAGAAAUCCCUGGCUGGAUCUGGAUCUGGUUCACCCCACAGCACAAAGGCAGGGAGAACAGAGGACAGGGAAGCACUUCUGCUCCCUGCAGCAGCAUGGCCACGCUUCCCUGGCUCUGGGGAUUGAGUAAGGUUUUGUGGGAGUGCCCAGCUCAUCAGGUGUGUCCCAGAGGUUCACCUGGCAUCUAGCCAGAGCAGCCUUUCGCCAUCUCUCCCCUGCAGUGACUCCUACUGUGCCAACAGGGGUGGUGCCAAAACCUUUGUGCACCCAGGGGCUGAACGUGCUGCCCGUGUGAGCGUUUCCUGGUGGCAAAAAGUAUCUUAUUCACCUCUUUAAUCCCUGAGGAACCUGUGCUUUCCCUUCACUCCUCCAAAACCUUGGGGUGUGUGCAGCAGCCUCGGGCUGCCAUCAGUCUGGCAGCUGCAAUGGGCAGAGCUCCAGCCCCCUUGGUUCCUGCCUGCUGUGAGGAAUGGCUGGCAGCAAAGCACCUGGGGGAGCUGAGCCUCAGCGAGGUGUGAGAGCAGCAGGCUUCUCCUGGAGCAGUGACAAGCAGCCAUGCAACCCUGCCUCUCUUCCUCACCCCUUCUUGGGCAGAGGCCUGUCCUUUCUCAGCCCUCCAGGACUCUUCUCAGAGCUUGCUUUCAGCCCUGCCCAGCAGUUAUCCUCUGCCACCGCUUUGGAGGCGCAGGGCAGGGCCUCUCCUGACCCUGCAUGAGGCAGUCACUGCUUGUUGAGUCCUAUUUCUCCUGGGGUUUUCACCCUGGAGGCAAAAGAAAUACAACAAAAAAUGCUUUCCCAUGUUUGCCAAGCCCAGGUGAGCUUCUUCAGCACCAGGGGACUGGAGCUGAGUGACAGCCUGCAGCUGGCAUCAGAGGCCUAGCCUGGUGAAUCACUGCCACUUUCCCUGCUGUGGGGGCCCUUCCCAUUCCAUCUGGAGUCAGAAAUGCUUCUGCAUCCUGGAGAGACCCAGUGAGUGCAGCAGCAUGGGGAUGAUGCUGCUGCCCUCCCAUACUCUCAAGCUCUUUGGGACUGAUGCUGAACCCUGCUCAGCAUCUCAGUCUCCAGAUCACUUGGGCCUCUCCACCGUGGGUGGCAGGAGUUGUCUGUGCCAGGCAGUUGGGCUGGACUCAGCUUUUCCCUUGGCUUCAGUGGUUCUUGGUGGUGAGGGUGGGUUGGCCUGAGAGGAGUGGUUUGGAUGCAGCACCGGUCAUGGGGCUGGCUUUGCCAGAGCUGAGGGCAGCACCAGGCUGCUUUGAUCUCUGGGCUUCCUCUCGGUUUGUGGCUGCAGCUCCACAUUUGUGGCUGCUUGUUGCCCCAGACAUUUCUAGGCAACAAAUGCCCUGGCAACAUGGGGCCAGCAGGACAGAGGUGGCAGUGUCCUUCCUCUGUCAGGGUGCCUCCCUUGGAGCUGCCUCCUGCCAUGGCCGUGCCCCUGCACAGCGAGGGGUCUGUGCUUGCACAUGGGUGCAGGCAGAACAGGGUGUUCCCGAGGGACAGCUUGCCUCCCACUGGAGGAGAGGCAGGCUCAGGGGAGCUGGGCUAGGCCAAGGUGUUGUUGGGCUUGGCUCCACGUCCUCACAUGGGAGCUGGGCCGUGGGCUGUGUGUGAAACGGUGCCCUGGAACUGUGGCAGGCAGCUGGCACCUGGGGGUGGGCAGGAUCCCAGUGGCUGGGCCUGUUUCUGUGCUGCAAACCCCUGCAGGCUGGCAGGCACUGCCAGGGUCGGGGUGUGCAGCCAGGGCAGCGAGGGAGGAAACCUUCCCAGCUCUCUGCUCUCACCGCCUCCAUGGAGACACCUCCAGUGGGACUGUUUGCAGGGGUUGUUUUGGCUCUGCUCUCUCAAAGCCCUGAACACUGUGGGGUGACACUGAUGAGUGCACCUGGGCCAGCAGCUCCCAAACCCUGUAGGGGAGCUGGCAUUGUAAGGAGGGCAUGUCUACAAAGGGGACAGGGUGAACAACUCACAUGCCCUGCUCAGCCUACUCUCUUCCUGGGCCACGAGGAGCAGAGGUGUCCUGUUUCCAGGCCAGGCCCCGCUGACGCUGUCUGUAAACUGGCUGGGGGAUAAAUAUUCAAGGUGCAGUCAUGCUGGUUAAGUUCCCAGCUAGUGGGAGAAGGGGGAGGAACUCUCCUUUCGCCAGGGAGCUCUGCUCUCAUCUGUCAUGGGAGCCUGUCCCAGGCCUGCUUCCUUCUUAGGGUGUUACAGGCUCCUAUUCUGGCGCUGUUGCACAGGACACUGUUUGACUGAAAUAGCUGUCGCUCCAAGCUGUGUGACAGGCUCCCCCCGUUGACUCUGGAGGCUCAGUUUUGCAGAUCCAGGCCUCCUCAUGUCCUUGCCCUCAGCUGUGUCUCGGGGUGUUAGUGCCAGCAGCUGCUCUGGGCCGGUGUUUCUGUAGUGGGAGCCAUGAGCAUGACACUUGCUUUCCAGGUUUUUAAUGCGUGCCACAUACUGAAGACCCCUGAUUGUAUGUUGGGAGCUCUGACAAGCCCAUGCUUUUGGCAGUAAGCAUUGUAGCAGCUGUGAUGAGGUAGGUUUCCUCACUGAGUGCUGCAUGGGGCUUCCCAUAAACAACAUGGUGAAGGUCAUGUAAGGGCACUGGCCCUGAGGCAAAGAGUGGAUCCUGCUGCUGUUGGGUCUUUUCCACCUGCUCCUCCUGCCAUGCUUGCUGUUUCCUCUCUUUAGGCCAUUACUUCCUUGCCAGAGAGUUUGACCACAGAGAGUCGCCAAGAUAGCUGGGCCAGGAAGAAAACGUCGCACCCCUGACCCAGACUCCAUUAGCGACCCCGGCGGGCUGUUUGUGUCCUCCAAACGGCUGAAAAUGUCCAGCAGCACAAAUGCCCCUGGCCAGAGGAGAGCGUCUCGGGGCUUGGAUGAUGCCACCAACAAGAAGAAGCAAAAGGAUCGAGCCAAUCAGGAAAGCAAGGAAGAGCUGCUGAUGGACUGGAAGCAGAAUGCCGAUGAGAUCAUUAUCAAGUUGAAUUUGGGCACUGGAGCUCUGAAGGCAGAGGAUGUACGUGCUGAUUUCACUGACACGGACUGUGUGGUCAAACUACCAGACGGGCGCCAGUGGAGCUGUCAGUUCUAUGAGGAGAUUGAGAGCUCCUGCAGCAAGAUCCAGUGCAAGAAGGGCAACUUUCUCCAGCUUGUGCUGCAGAAGAAGAUCCCACUCCAUAACUGGUCUUCACUUCUGAAAAAAAGGAAAGACGGAUCCAAAGAAGUGGCCAAAGGGGCUGUGUGCUGGGAGAACGGGAAGGAGAAGGCUGCUUCUGCAGAGCUGACCCCUGAAGAGCCGAAGGCUGAAGGCACAGAGCCACCGAGAUCCCGGCGGGAGCCCUCCAACCCCAAGCGUGCUCCAGGAAGGAGCGAGGUCCUGGGAGGGAAGAGCCCAGCCAGCCCAGGGACACAGAGUGGCCCCAGUGCCAAGCGGGCAGUGUACCUCAAAGUGGCUCCCACGGAAGAGGAGCCGAAUGCCCGGGUCAGCGGGGGCACAGAGCCCAGCAAGGGGCACGGCACGAGGGCCGGCAGCCGCCGCAAUGGCAGAACCAGCCAGGCUGAUGCACCCGCGGCCCUGGCAGACCUCGCGCUGCCACUCGAGAAGGCUGUGGUUUUGGCCAAAGAGAGUGUUCCCGUGGAGAUGCCACCUCUUGCAGCUACCACAGAGGUGCUCCCCCAUCGUGUUGCCACCUGUGUUGAGAAGAGAGUCCUGCAGCCAGGCAGCCCUACUGAGGCCUUGCGGAGCCGGGACUGCCUGCCCGUCCUGGGAGAGAGCUCUAAGGCCGUCCCAGUGGCCACCCCUCCCAUGGGCAGGGAUGGUGAGAAGAGGGACUGGUCCAAGGACGACGUGGCUCUGGAAGCAGCAGCUGAUGAGCCAGAGCCUUUUGUAAGCCUGACCUUUGUCAAGAAUGACUCAUAUGAGAAGGGCAAUGAUCUGGUGGUGGUGCAUGUCUAUAUGAAGGAGAUCCACAAGGAGACAUCCAAGGUGUUGUUCCGGGAACAAGACUUCACACUAGUGUUCCAGACGAGUGAUACGAACUUCCUUCGUCUCCAUCCUGGCUGUGGGCCCCACACGGUGUUCCGGUGGCAGGUGAAGCUCAGGAACCUUAUUGAGCCGGACCAAUGCACGUACAACUUCACGGUGUCUCGCAUCGAUGUCUGCCUGAAGAAACGCCAGAGCCAGCGCUGGGGGGGGCUGGAGGCUCCAGCCACACGAGGUGCAGUGGGUGGUGCAAAGGUUGCCAUGCCUACAGGCCCUACCCCUCUGGAUAAGAACCCUCCGGGCAGUAACCAGCACCCCCUCUCCAGCAAGGAAGAGGCCCGAACCAGCGACAAAGAGAAGCCACGUGUGGAAGAUGGGGCUCUGGAUGGUGUGGCAGCCCGUACGGCCCCAGAGCACUUGGCAGUGAAGCAAGAGCCACACAUUCCUUCGCCCAAACCAACAUGUAUGGUGCCACCAAUGACACACAGCCCAGUGAGUGCCGAGAGCGUGGAGGAUGAUGAGGAUGAGGAUGAGAAGAAGAAGGUCUGCCUGCCUGGCUUCACAGGUCUGGUGAACCUGGGCAACACCUGCUUCAUGAACAGUGUCAUCCAGUCCCUGUCCAACACCCGGGAGCUGCGUGACUACUUCCAUGAUCGGUCCUUUGAGUCAGAAAUCAACUAUAACAACCCACUGGGGACGGGUGGACGCCUGGCCAUCGGCUUUGCCAUGCUGCUCAGAGCGCUGUGGAAGGGCACACACCAUGCCUUCCAGCCCUCUAAACUGAAGGCAAUUGUGGCCAGCAAGGCCAGCCAGUUCACUGGCUAUGCCCAGCAUGAUGCUCAGGAGUUCAUGGCCUUCCUGCUCGAUGGCCUGCACGAGGACCUCAACCGCAUCCAGAACAAGCCCUACACAGAGACUGUUGACUCGGAUGGGAGGCCUGAUGAGGUGGUAGCUGAGGAGGCUUGGCAACGACACAAGAUGAGGAAUGACUCGUUCAUAGUAGACCUCUUCCAGGGCCAGUACAAAUCCAAGCUCGUCUGCCCAAUGUGCUCCAAGGUGUCUAUUACCUUUGACCCCUUCCUGUAUCUCCCCGUGCCCCUCCCACAGAAGCAAAAAGUGCUGACUGUCUACUACUUUGCAAAGGAGCCACACAAGAAACCCAUCAAGUUCCUCGUGAGUAUCAGCAAGGAGAACUCCAGUGCCAUGGAGGUGCUUGACUCAGUUGCCCACAGUGUGCGUGUGAAACCAGAGAACCUGCGCCUGGCAGAGGUGAUCAAGAAUCACUUCCACCGCAUGUUCCUGCCCUCUAACUCACUAGACACAGUCUCGCCAACGGACCUGCUGCUGUGCUUUGAGGUGCUGUCCCCAGAGCUGGCCAAGGAGCGUGUGGUGGAGCUGCAGGUCCAGCAGCGUCCACAGGUGCCCAGUGGCCCUGUUGCCAAGUGUGCAGCCUGCCAGAAGAAGCAGCUGCCAGAGGAUGAGAAGCUCAAGCGCUGCACGAGGUGCUAUCGAGUUGGUUACUGCAACGUGGCAUGUCAGAAAACACACUGGCCAGACCACAAGGCUUCGUGCCGUCCUGAGAACAUCGGUUUUCCCUUCCUCAUCAGCGUGCCCGAGUCCCGCCUCACCUACGCCCGCCUGGCCCAGCUGCUGGAGGGCUAUGCCAGGUACUCAGUCAGCGUGUUCCAGCCUCCGUUCCAGUUGGGCCGGAUGUCACCGGAGCAGGGGCUGCAGCCGCUGCACUCGGACAAGCUGGAGCCCCUGGCCAAGAGCAGCUGUGCAGCAGCCACCUCUGCCCCCGAGCUGGGAGAUGGGGACAGGGUUUCCAGCCUCCCUCAGGAGCCCCCGCUCUCCCCAGCUGUGCCUGAGCUGCAGCCAGAGAUGGGGGAUACUACCACUGUCCGGAGCAAGGCCCUGACAGCCAGGAGUUCCCUCCUGAGCUUGGAUUCAGGGUUCUCUGAGCACAUGGAGUCACAGGGUGACAGCUGUUGUGAGAAGGAGCCAUCCUAUGAGAGAGCCCUCAAGCCAGAAGCUGCCAUCCCUGGGUACCAACACACUCCAGACUCACUGAGUGCCCGCGCCACGCAGUUCUACAUCACUAAGAUCGACGCUGCCAACCGAGAGCACAAGCUGGAAGAUAAAGGUGACAUCCCCCUGGAUCUGACAGACGACUGCUCCCUUGCCCUGGUGUGGAAGAACAAUGAGCGCCUCAAGGAAUUCGUGUUGGUAGAAUCCAAGGAGUUGGAGUGUGUGGAGGAUCCAGGCUCAGCCAGCGAAGCAGCCCGGGCUGGCCACUUCACCCUGGAGCAGUGCCUCAAUCUCUUCACGAAGCCUGAAGUCCUGGCCCCAGAGGAAGCGUGGUACUGCCCCAAGUGCAAGCAGCACCGCGAGGCUUCCAAGCAGCUGAUGCUGUGGCGGCUGCCCAACGUCCUCAUCAUCCAGCUCAAGCGCUUCUCCUUCCGCAGCUUUAUUUGGAGGGACAAGAUCAAUGACAUGGUGGACUUUCCUGUCCGGAGUCUGGACCUGAGCAAGUUCUGCAUUGGUCGGAAGGGUGAGCAGCAGCUGCCUAUGUAUGACCUGUAUGCUGUGAUCAACCACUAUGGAGGCAUGAUUGGAGGGCACUACACAGCGUACGCCCGCCUGCCCAACGACAAGAACAGCCAGCGCAGCGACGUGGGCUGGCGGCUCUUUGAUGACAGCACAGUCACCACGGUGGAUGAGAGCCAGGUGGUGACCAGAUACGCCUAUGUCCUCUUCUACCGCCGGAGGAACUCUCCUGUGGAGAGACCCCUGCCAGGACAUCCCUCAGACCACCGCGCCGAGCGCACCCCCUCUGCCGAAGCUGCUGCCAGCCAG